AGUAACGUCACCUGUCAAAGCUGUCAGCUGUCAGCAGCGCAUUUUCCCCAUUCAACUUUUAUCGAGUGUCUGCGAAAAAAGUAUUGGCAGAAUCAAGAUGUUCGCCCGCGCCGCCGCCAUCUCCCGCACCGGAAUGACCAACCUGGUCCGGUACUCGCACUCCCACGGUGGAAUCCCCGGCGAGAACCUCCCGUUCAGCCUGAACAACCGGUACAAGCUGACCGCGAUCUUUGUCGCCUUCUUCGGUUCCGGCCUGGGACUGCCCUUCUUCGUGCUGCGACACCAGCUGCUCAAGAUGUAAGGUGGGCGAAAUAAGUCCAGCUUAGUGUCCGGCGGCGAGGUUCCAGUUAGGCUUAAACAACCGGAGGAGGGUCGUCACUGAUCCCCGAAACCGGAUGUUUGUGGUGCGUUAAGAUGCAAAGUUAAAUCAAAUGCAAAAUAAAAGUAAUUAAAAGCA